CCGUAUGCCUGGGAUAUAAAAUUAUUGUUCUCGACUCUUUGUCUUUCUUAUUCCUUUAAUACAUGUAGUACUUAUCCUGCCCUUCUUUACAGCAACUUCGUAGACGCUCUUGCUUUUGGAAUCUACAACAGUACGGUAUACACUACCCCCUUACUGCCUUAUCUUCCAGCAUGCAUCGUACGCUACUUAGCAUAACGGCCUUCUCGGCCUUAAUGUCUCUUCCAAAAGCACAUGUUGUGCUCGAAGCUCCAAAGCCGUUUCAGUUUGCCCAAUAUGGCCCAACUAACCCCAUAUCGCCAUCUGGCGAAGACUUUCCUUGCAAGAUACCGGCUGGCGGUAAAUUAGAACCCCAAGGACCUCCAACGGUUAUGGCUAUUGGAGAGGACCAAAGAGUUUCAUUUUCGGGACACGCAGUCCACGGUGGUGGUUCCUGUCAGUUCAGUUUGUCCGGGCCAGUCAAGGACGGUGCAUGGGAAACCUACCCCCUUAAGGCUGCAGAAUGGAAAGUCAUCCACUCCAUUGAAGGAGGAUGUCCUGCACGCCAUCAAAGAGGCAACUUGGACGGCCCAAAUCAUGACCAAUACUCCCUCAAGAUACCAGAAGGCAUUGAGCCAGGUAACUAUAUUUUUGCAUGGACCUGGCUUGCUCGGAUUGGAGGUCAACCGGAAUAUUACAUGAAUUGUGCGCCUAUUGCCGUUACUUCGGCCAAGACGAAACGUUCAGACAGUACGGCUCGUAAGGCGUCGCUUGUGAAGAAAGCAGCCUUUCCCGAACUUUUCAUGGCCAACAUGGGAGAAGUAUCAGGAGGGUGCACAACUGGAGAAGCCCUGAAGCAACAGGUAGCGAUUGCGUUCCCAAACCCUGGUGCUUCAGUAGACCACCCAGAAGGCGCCGGGAAUUUGUUCAAGCAGCAGUGCGAUGGAAAUCCUCGAGCUAAGCAAGGGCAAGGGAGCAAUCCACCAGGAACUUCCAGUUCAAGCCCGCUCUAUCAACCUAUCCCGACUCCUAUGCCGGAACCCGAAACCGAAACCGUGUUCUCUUCCCUUAUCUCGACAGUGUCGACGACAUCUGCAUCUUUAUCAUCGCCUACUGGACUGCCAUCUCCCGGCACACCCGCAGAAAGCUCUCCAACUAAUCCAGGGACAUGCGUAGAAGGUCAUCUUACUUGCCUUAACGAUGGUCGGCAUUUCGCCACAUGCACUGGUGGUCAGUUAACCCUCCCCCAGCCCAUUGCACCUGGCUUUAAAUGUGAGGUCGGUUCUGGAAUUGGCCUCAACAUCUCACCGGCGUAACAUCCCAUGCCGUAGGAUGCCUUUUGGGUUAGGUAGCUUGUAGAAUAAUUCGGGCAUGUUAGUAUUUUAAUUGACAACAAAACGGCCGCAACCACUUUGCAAGCCGCAGAUAUCAUGAAUUGAAUAUGCAUCGUUAUCAAUGUAGAUGUUUCUCUUUUGGUGUCACGUAAGCAUUGAAAUGCAAGCCCCAGAUCCUUCGGUAUAGUUAGUAGUAGUAUAACCGUAUCCGGUUGAGCUAGUUACUCUUGAAACUAAACAAAGUGUUAACAAGAAAAUGACUUAAUAGACAAUUGAGCCGCAAUACGGUACUCAGGUUG